AUGGCAGCACCAAAUUCACAUCCCGCACCCAUGACAACAACACCAAACACGUCCGCUCCAGCUCCAGCUCCAGGCUUGCGCGCCUCCCGUCUGCACCAAGUCUUUGACCAGGCCCUGGCGCGCACUCUCCGAGCCAACUCCUAUGCCAAUUUCGCCGGAUGUUUCCCCACGCCCGCCAAAUAUGUACCUGCGAGUCUGGAGAGCGUGUGGAGGCAAUUGAAUGCGAAGCUGGAGGAGAGUGCAAAGGCGGAAUUCGAUGAGAUUCUGGCCGAGCGAGAAGCGGUGGCGCAUUUGAAUGAGUUGGAUCGGUUGGUGUCUGAGGCGAAGGAGCGACGCGAGAGGGAUAGACUUGCGGGCGAGAAUGGGGAGGCGAGGGGGCCUGGGAAUCCGCCACAUACUCUUGGGGCUGAGGAGCUUUACAAAGCACAUUUGACACCGUAUCUGGAAGAAGCGCAAGCAACACUGAACCAGAAACUAGAGGAAACGCAUGCGCAGAAUACGGCACUGGCCCAAACGGUGCAAGCACAGCGGCAGGAGAUUGAGAGGCUCCUGGCUUCCCUAGAGUCCGUCGUCGGGGACAUUGAAGGUGCUGCUACGGCGGCUGCGGAGUUUAGCAAGGAACAUCAUAUCCGUCAGGACGCAAUUCAGAUGGAUCGCGAAGUCAAGGCUCGCCCAAAUGUUUGA